AUGGAUGAUUUUGUAAUGACAAUUGAAGCUUCGGAAGAGGAGAUAGUUGAAGACGAAUACUCCUCGGAUCAGGAAAAAAAAUCAAAGAGUGAUAAGAUCUCUAAACAGAAAAAACAAUUAAAGAGUAGCAAGAUCUCCAAUAUUAAUAGUAGUAUAGACAAGGUCAAAGUCGUGCAGAAUGGUGUAAAGAAAAAUGAAAUUGAUAUUAUAAAUCCGAAUUUUACUUUUUUUGAUGGUUCGAACUCGCAUAGUUAUGUUGAACAAGAUUGGGAUUUUCAGGCAGCAAAAGCAGGGUUAAGAGAUAAAAUUCCUACGAUUGAUGAAAUAAUUGAGAGUAGGCGAAAGGAUAUAAAGAAAUUUGAAGGAAAGAAUCCUAGUUCACGAGAAAUUAACGGUCAGAAAGAGACUGAGAAGUCAAAGAAAGUAGAAGAUAGAAUCAUCAAUGGAAAUGGCGUUGAAGAAGGGGUAGAUAAGAAUUCAAUUUUUUCGGAAGAAGAAAGCAGGAUUCACUUUGAUGAAGACGAUGAUCAUUUAGAUGACGGUUUUGGUGCUGAGGCUCAGGAAUUUAUUGAUGAGGAAGGCAGUUUAAGUGAAGGCGAGAUAGAGACGGAGCAAGAAAGUAAUCAUAGUGACUAUCCGAGUGAUCAAAAUGUUAGCGAUGAUGAUUAUUCUGAUGAAGAAAAAGAAACCGAAUAUGAAAGACAGCGUAAGAAAGAAUAUUUUGCUGAUGCAUCAGAAGUGGUCCCGAACAAAAUUGUUGAGUCAUUUCAAACAAUGAACCUUUCCCGACCUAUUCUUAGAGGCCUUAGCAAAUUGGGAUUUAUACAACCUACUUUAAUCCAAAUAAAAACGAUCCCUAUAGCACUUAUGGGUAAAGAUAUUUGCGGGGGAGCUAUAACAGGUUCGGGGAAAACCAUCGCUUUUCUAGUUCCAGUAAUGGAACGUUUAUUAUACAGACCGAGGAAAACCCCCACUGUGAGAGUAUUAAUUCUUGUACCAACGCGCGAACUGGCCUUGCAAUGCCAUAGCGUUUCGACUAAAUUAGCAGAGUUUACGGAUAUAACGAGUUGUGGUCUAAGUCUCAAAAAGCAAGAAGUUGAACUCCGCACACGACCAGACAUCGUAAUUGCUACCCCUGGACGAUUGAUAGAUCAUGCGCGCAAUUCACCUUCUUUUACACUGGAUACUAUUGAAAUUCUAAUCAUUGAUGAAGCUGAUAGAAUGCUGGAAGACGGUUUUUCUGACGAAUUGAACGAGAUCGUUAAAAGCUGCCCCAAAUCAAGACAGACAAUGCUGUUUUCUGCAACUAUGACGGAUAACAUCGAUGAAUUGAUUCGACUCUCUUUAAAUCAUCCAGUGAGACUCAUGAUUGAUUCAACCAAGGCAACAGCCGCAAAACUUAUCCAAGAAUUUGUUCGAAUAAGGAAGCAUCGUGAAGAAGAUAGGGCCGCAAUGUUACUCGUGUUAUGCAAGCAUAUAUUUCAUCAUCGAGUCAUAAUAUUUUUAAGGAGUAAAGCAAUGGCUCACAAUAUGAGAAUUAUUUUUGGAUUACUGGGAUUAAAGGCUGCAGAGUUGCACGGUAGUUUGUCACAGGAACAACGAUUGGGAUCACUAGAGGCAUUUAAGGAUGGAAAAGUAGAUUUCUUGUUGGCUACAGACUUGGCUUCACGCGGUUUGGAUAUAAAGGGAAUUGACACUGUCAUAAAUUACGAGAUGCCACAAAGUUAUAACCAUUAUGUACACCGUGUUGGAAGAACGGCUCGUGCAGGGCGUAAUGGAAGAUCGGUGACUUUAGCUGGUGAAGCGGAUCGUAAAAUUUUAAAAUCAAUAAUUAGGAACACACCCAAAGAUCAGAUCAAACGUCGUACACUCGAUGUUAAAAGUGUCGCUGAAUUUAGAGAAAAUAUUGCCAAGUUAAAAGAACAAGUUAAAGAGAUAUUGCAAGAAGAAAAAGAAGUCAAGAUUAUGAGACAAGCCGAAAUGGAAUUACAAAAAAACCAGAAUCUUCUGAUACACGAAAAAGAAAUUUAUAGCAGACCGGCAAGAACAUGGUUUCAGUCUGAGCAAAAAAAACAACUAUCAAAAAGUAUUGCAACAGGACAAUACAAUGAUAAAUUUGAAUCUGAAGAAUCAACCAAGAAACGAAAACGAGAAACGGAUGCUGAGGAAUUAAAGAAGUCAAAGAAGAAAUAUGCCGGUAUGUCAAGAUCAAAGAAGCGUCGUAUACAAAUGAGAGAGCAAAAUGAAGACAAAACAAAUGAGGCUUCAAUUAUGAAGUCCAUUAGGGCAGCAAAAAAAGCAAAAAGACCAACCAAAAUCAUUAAGAUAUUACCCGAAAAGUCACUUAAAGGAUUAUCGAAGAAAACUACUAAAGUUAAGAAGCCUGGUGGUAAGGCAGUUUUUGACAAUGACUUGGCAGAUUCUACAAAAAAGAAAGCAUUCUCUAUU